CGAAGAGCUAAGACGGGCGGAUUUCUAAGCGUCCCGUCAUCUCUCAACACAUCCGCCUGUCAUUCAUUCCCCUCCAAGUCAUCGGGCUUAACACCCUGCAGCCUGUGGUCCCCUAAUUACUGCGAACUAGUAUUUUACCUCGCAUCUUCCAUCGUCUCUCUUCAUCCCACCACUGACAGUCCAUUGUUAUAACUACUUGUCACAUCGCAUCGCAUCACAUCGACACCCCUCCGACCUUUGCUGUCUCAUCACCCAUAAACGCCUUUCGCCGUGGCUACCCUAAUCCGUUCGUCCACGACCAAGCUUUCACGCUUCUUACCUCGCGGUACUGUGUCAAUCUCAGUAGCGACCACAACCACCCCGCUUCGAAGAAGUCCAGCAGUUACAACAAACCGCAUCACCAACAACCACACGCGGCUCUUUAGCAGCUCGAGUCCAGCACAUUUUUCACACACAGCAAACAAGAUGGGCGUCCACAAUCUCGCAGACAAGGCCUCCUUCCAGACUUCGGUCCUCUCCGCCCCGGCCGACCGCCUGGUCGUGCUCGACUGCUUCGCGACCUGGUGCGGUCCUUGCAAGGUGAUUGCGCCGGAGCUGGUCAAAUUCAGCGAGUCGGACGAGUUCAAGGACAAGGUCGACUUCUACAAGAUCGACGUCGAUGAGGUGCCCGACGUCGCUCAGGAGUUGGGUGUCCGCGCCAUGCCGACUUUUAUGCUCUUCAAGAAUGGCCAGAAGGUUGGCGAGGUUGUCGGUGCCAACAAGAGAGCUCUUGAGCAGGCUAUCCGUUCCAACUUGUAAAUGAUGACGGGUACUCUCUCGCCGGUGUCUCUCUUUGUUCUAUUUAACGAUACAGAGGGCCAGGAGUGCGGACUGGAUGACAAGCCGGGGAACCACACUCGUCACUCUGAAUCAGCAGACCCGGUUAGGAUUCCUAACACUGGGCAACCUCUUUCUUUAGCCUGGAGCACCCUAAUCACCCACCCUGUGUUCCAGCAUGAGAAAGGUGCGACACGGAUAAUUGACAACCAUGAUCAAAGACCUAGACGCUCGCAUGCGUUCUGAUCGUCUGCAUUGGAUGGGAUGAAUGUAACGCGGGCAGAUAGCCAAAUACAAGAUGCGAAUGUCAAACAUCAGCGAGAACUCCUUUGAUUAUUGUCUAGCCCUUACAGCGUCAUUCCACCAUUGUGCCGGGCAUUAAGAUCGCUCUGCCUUUCCCUCUCUCACUCUGCAAAUGGGGCACUAUUCUUCUGUCCUCACUCAAUGGUAAUCUCUUUUGCCUCGGAAAUCCAUAGACAUUCCCGUCAAAUCCGACGUACUGUAGCCAGCCCUGGUCUUGUCUUGCCUUUGCCCUGGGGUGCCACAGUACAAGUUCCUUACGCAGAAUGUUUCGUACGGACAGUUUGAUAAGGUGCUCUUGUCUUUCCCUUCCGCUGCAGGCUGAUGCUUUGGUGGAAAACCCCAUUUCCCACUGGCAGUCCCAGGUCAAGUUUCGCGUCUCCUCGCUACACUAGCAAGUUCGUGGCCUGCUGGCGAUAUGGCUUCUAUAGCGAAAAAGACGACCAAGACUACGGUAGACAAUAAGAAGACAAUAUUCAAGUUG